AUGGCUAUGGCUCCUUCGGAUAACACAGUCAAGUGGAAAGUGAAAGCAUGCUAUGGCAACCUGGCGUCUCUUCUCUUCUAUUCGUUCACUCUUUUUCUAUCGUUAUCUGCUUUUCUCUCUUUCUCUUUUUCUUUCAUUCUUUCCCUUUCUCCCUGUCUUUCUCAGCCUUUCUCGGUUUCUGCUUCUUCCUUUUUAUCUUUCUCUUUCUGUUUUUCUCGGCAUUUCUCUCUUUCUCUGUGUAUCUCUCUCUCUCUGUAUCUUCCUCAAUCUUUCUCGCUUUCUUCCUCUUCCUCUAUAUUUCUCGGCCUUUCUCGAUUUAUGAUUCUCCCUCUUUCUUUAUCUUUCUGUCUUUCUCAACAUUUCUCUCUUUCUCUUUGUGUGAGUCUCUCUCUCUCUCUCUCUCUGUAUCUUCCUCAAUCUUUCUCGCUUUCUGACUCUUCCUCUAUAUUUCUCGGCCUUUCUCGAUUUAUGAUUCUCCCUCUUUCUUUAUCUUUCUGUCUUUCUCAACAUUUCUCUCUUUCUCUUUGUGUGAGUCUCUCUCUCUCUCUCUGUAUCUUCCUCAAUCUUUCUCGCUUUCUGACUCUUUCUCUUUCUUUAUCUUUCUCAGCCUUUCUCGCUUUCUGCUUCUUCCAUUUUCUCUUUUUCUUUCUCUGUAUUUUUCUCUUUCUCUCUCUUUCUCUUUCGUCCUCUGCCUUUCUCUCUAUCUUUCUUAACCUUUAUCGCUGUCUGCCUCUUCCUCCUUCUCUAUCUUUCUUCGCUUUUCUCACUUUCUGCUUCUUCCUCUUUCUUUUUUCUCCUUCUUCUUUCUCUGUAUUUCUCUUUUUCUCCUUCUUCCUCUUUAUCUUUCCCAGCCUUUCUCGCUUUCUGCCUCUUCCUUUUUCCCAGCCUUUCUCUCUCUCCCCUUCUUCCUCUUUCUUAUCCUGUCUUGUUUUCUACUUCUUCCAUUUUCUCCUUUUCUUUCUCUAUAUUUCUCUCUUUCGUCUUCUUUCUCUUUCUCUACAGUUCUCUGCCUUUCUCUCUGUCUUUCUCGCUUUCUGCUUCUUCUCCAUUCUCUAUCUUUCUCUGAAUUUUUCAACGAAAAAUUACCUUAGAUUUUUUUAG